GGGGGGGGAACACAAAUCAGUUGUUUUGCUUUACUACUUUUAAGAAAGCGUUUUUUCCUCCCCGUUGGAGAUUACCUCGUGGUGGUUAUUCCCUCGGCAAAGGUUCCCCUUUUUGGGGACGCCUCACCCAGCGGUACCUCCCUCAUGCAUUACGUGGCUUUGCCUGACGUGGCCUUGCCUGACGCGGCUAUGCCCACGCUGCCAUACGUACGUACAUCACCUGCACACUUCUGCGCGAGGGGCGAAAAUAUGUUGCCGUCGAAGGUUCCUACAGGUGGCCAGAAAAAUUGCCAUCUUAUCCUCCCCCAUCUGUACGGGCAAAAAAAAGGGGUAAAACAGAAAGGGGUGAUUUCUACAAAAUGACGCAACACGGCACACCUCUGUGCGUAGCGACAAAGGGGAUGCGAUUCUGUCCAGGUCACGACAGAGCCAUUCCGGCCACGCGGCGCAAAAGGUAAACUGUUCACCGGAGGGAAAUGCACAUCUUUCGAGGGGUGAAAAAGAAAAAAAAAAAAACAAAUAAAAUAACUUGUAGCAUCCCGCUUGGCAAAUAACAUAGACGUUGUUCAGCGUCCAAAUGACACCCCCAUCGUUAAGCGCAACGUCAGCUUCGAUUUUUCACUCAUUUUUUUUUCUUCAAAUUUGGUCGCUGUUUUUGUGGGCGGCCACAGCGUAGACGCCAGUUUGGGGCAUCAUUUUUGCACUGCUAAGUGGGCAUUCACGUGUUAGCCCCAAACUAGGAGGGAAACCCCCAUCAGGCGAACCGCAGAUAACCCCCAUCAGCCGCACAAUGGAUGAACACAUUUUAAAGAGGCUAACCAGCAGGGAGCUCAAAAGGACUAUUUUGCAAAAAGCGAAAGACAUUUUGGAAGAAAGGGAAAGAAACCCAAGUGAGAGGGGCAAAGGUAAUACGGCCACGGAAAAGGCAGCCACGGAAAAUGCAACCACCUCAAAUGAACCGUGUUGUAAUAAAAAUCCUGGGGGAGCAGUAGUGGGAGGUUCGGAUGUGGUCGGGGAUGCUCCCCCGGACAAGCAGGACAUCUCUUUCCACAGUUUGCAAGACUUCUCUUGUAAAUAUCUCAAAAUGUGCCAAGUGAACAUGCUGAACCACGCGAACGUCGAAUACGAGUUGGUCAUCUCCUUCAUGCGAACCUUCAACAGUGAGCUCAAGUUUCAGCUGAACCUAACCAGCGCCGACGACCAGGGGGACGAGAAAAACUCAGUGCUUCACCAGAUGGCCAACCUGUUCGCGGACAAGCUUAUUUGCUACUGCACUACCCCCAUGGCUGUUGUGGCCCCCCAUGGAGAUAGCGAGGGCGGCCUUCUGGGUGACGAGCUCCUGGAGCAGAUUCGUUUCUUUUUCAAGCAAAUCGAAGAGAAGAGCCACGAUAACCUCCUAUUCAACAUGUGCCUUGGCAAAAUUGCGGAAUGCAUCUUCAAAUUUAAGCCAAAAGCCGAGGAAGUGGCUAGCUGGAUUUCCAGGCAGGCGCUGGCCGACCUGGUGAAGGCCCUACUGGGCGACAACUUAAAAAGAUACGAACAGUGCAUCAUCUGCAUGACGGACUUUAUAAAAGAAAGACACGCGAAAUUGAGUUUCGCCCAAGUUGACAACGUUGUACUCAUGAUCGAGAUCGUUCAAUACGCCAUUGUUUACCUGUCUGAGCGGAAAUACAACACGCUGCAUACGCUAAAGAACUCCGAGUGGAAAAUAUUCUUCUACCAACUGAUAGUCGCGGAAACGUUUCUUUACGAGAAGAAGGCGGAAAACACGAACAAGGAGUUUAACAGCUAUUACAAGCAGCAGCUGGAGGUGUGGAGGCUGAAAAAUACGUCGUACUCCAAGUGGUUUAAAAUUGAGAUGCCCCUCUCGCUCAGUUUGUUGAAGUGA